AUGGAAAACCUGGGAGCAAUAGAUGGCUAUUUCAUCCCAAUGUGGGGUUCCUCAGUAGUGCACACCAACGACCCCGCCCCACGGGAUUCUAACCUAGGACCUAUCGGUCUCUCACAUGAACGCUUAACCAUUAAACCGCUGAGCCGAUUGGCAUCCAACGGUGUUAGU